AUGGCGGUGAUAAGUGCGACAGAGACGGUCACCCUUCGUGACCAUUACACCGACGAUUAUAUGAUGGUUAAAUUGAUGUUCAUUGCACCAAUCAAUCGAUCUCCCUCCUCUAUGCCACCAUCGUUCCACGAGAGCUCUUCACACAUCACCUCACGUCAAAGUUUUCCCGCACAUUAUUUUCCUGUAACAAUAUGGAACACGACAUUAUCCAUGUCACCCGUGCAAUCCUACCGUGCCAUACAGGAGGAUAAAGGCAUCGCGUGCAACCAGAGGGAAGAUCUCUUUGGACAGGUGCGAAGCACCGAUUCGACCAUCGAGAAGUUCACGGAAAACCGGAUGCAUUUUAAAAGGAAUGCCGACCGGUCCACGAUGAAGGGCAAGGAUCACGGGGGCAAAAGAUUGGAUGAGGAUGUCGCCUCUUCAAUUCUAGGCACCACCACCUUCAGAAUCAGAUCCAUCAGAUCCUAUUGUUUGAUGAUUAAAGAGUUUGGGAAAUUCCAGAAAAUCAUUUUUUUUGCCGAAAAUAAAAUGUCCGAUAGGUGCUCCCCUUCGUAG